GGCUAUCCUCGCAGUCAGCGUUGCGUUAAACGUCACAUUUACGUCAACCCGUACGUUACGCACGCGGGAAAAACAAAAAAAUGGCAUGUACGCGGUUCUUUUGAAUGAUGUGCUUCAUGAAGUUUACUUGAUCAAAAGCUAAAAUAUCAGAUUUACAAUCACCAAAUGCAUUUAAACUCAGAGUUCCUGUGAAGCAGUUUUGAAAGAAUCGCCAUGGAUGCCGCCGAAACUCGUUUCACUCACCUGCUGCAACCAAUUCGGGACCUCACCAAAAACUGGGAGGUUGACGUAGCCUCGCAGCUUGGGGAGUACCUGGACGAGCUGGACCAGAUCUGUAUAUCAUUUGAUGGAGGAAAAACCACAAUGAAUUUUGCAGAGGCUGCACUGCUCAUCCAAGGCUCAGCAUGUAUCUACAGCAAGAAGGUGGAGUACCUGUAUUCAUUGGUCUACCAAGCUCUGGACUUCAUUUCCAACAAAAAGCGCGACAAACAGCCAACGUCAAUCGAAGAAGACGGCCGGGACAAGGAUGCCACCUUUCGCAGCAAAAAAGAUGAAGUGGGGUUUCUCACGCUGGACGACUUCACUGGGAACGCCUCAAACAUAGAGCUGAGACACGAUGACGCCAAGGGUUUGGAGAUUGUACCCCUCACUCCAGAGCCUCUGAUUCCUGUGGAAGAGGAGGAGAAGAAGAAGAACCCCCUACACAGCCAUAAAGGAGAGGUCCUGGCAAGCUGCAGGGAUUUCCGGAUGAAUAACUUCACCCCCCACGCCAACGGCAUCAUCCGCCUGGAGCUGACUUCUACUCCGUCGCAGUUUGUGAUGGACGUCCGCACGUACAUGCAGAAUAUCUCUGCGUUGGUCGAAGGCCCCAGUGUCAAUCAUGAAGACUCCAAUCCCCAGAAUGCCCUGCUGCCACUGCUCAACCUGUCCGAAGCUCCCGAAGGGCGGAGUGCGAUGGCGGGGGACGCUGGCGAUGGGGACGCGUUUGAGGCCUUCCCGCCGCUGGAGGGGGACGAGGGCAUGGACGUGGACCCCUUGACUGACGAGCAUGUCUGCAGGCACCAGGCUCCCAGUGAAAGGCGGAUGCUGAGGGAGAGGCCCGCUCUGCAGCCUGAACCUGAGGAGAAGAAGGACAUCCCGGACCCCUGGAGGUGCCACAAUCCCUUCUCCACUUCGGAGGACAAGCCGCUCAAGACCGGGAAGCACUUCACCAUCCCUCCGAGCGUACAGGAAGUGACUGGGAACAAGAGGAAGAGGAGAGGCACCGUUAAACUUCAGGACUUCAUGGACUGGUUCACCGGGAUCUUGUCUGAGAGGCCCAGCCGGAAGGCCAGGAAGGGACCCACUUUCGCAGAUCUGGAGGCUCUGUACUGGAACAACGUCAGAGAGAAGCAAAAGUGUCAGAAGAAGAUCCAGCGGCGAGCGGGCGUCCUGUCCAGCGACGUCCCGCAGCGGAGGAACUGGGAUCUGGGGGGUCCCGAAGUGGAGAGGGAGGGCGAGGAGCCCGACGACUUCCAGGACCCCGACGGGGGAGGGGACGAGUUCUCGGACCAGGAGAACGUGGCGGACGAGGCCCCGGCGCAGCUCCCGGACGACCAGGACCUGGUGAUCACAGCAUCACAGACCGAGAGGAUGUCCUACGAGGACCUGGUGAAGAAGAGCGUGGAGCUGUUCCUGGUGAACUCGCAGAAGUACGCGCAGGAGACGGUGCUGUCGCGGCGCAUGAAGGACUGGGAGGAGAAGAUGGGCCCCCAGCUCACCGCGCAGGAGGAAAGGCUGGCCUUCGACAUCCACGACUACGGGAACAAGAUCAUGGACGCGUUCGGUGACGUCAUGGAGAGGCGGAGCUUCGCCUCCAUCGUCCGGGGGAAGGAGAGCCACGAGGUGUGCCGAUACAUGCUGGCCUCGCUGCAGCUGGCCAACGACUACACGGUGGAGAUCCACAAACGGGACGCGCUCGAGGAGGCCAUCGACACCAUGGAGCUGACCCUGCUCACCAAACAAAAAGCCCACGAGCGCUUCAAGACCUACACCGCCCCGUCCAUCUCCGGCGACCGCUGAGCCAGCAUCGCCCCCCCUCCCGCGCCUCCCCCUCCUACCCCCUCCCCCCUCAUAGUCUAAAAACCCUGCAGUAACUCCAGGUCUAAACUAAUGGGGAAACGCGUCACGAGCGAGCUGUGAUGUCAUGACGCUGAUCUCAUCACCGCUUGUGCUGAUCGCUGAUCCUCGGUCAGCCAGCGACCAGUCCCUCAGGGGUUCCAUUAUACAGCGGUGACCUCACUCCUCCGCUGCGUCUCCUCCGCUGCGUCUCCUCCGCUGCGUCUCCUCCGCUGCGUCUCCUCUGCUGCGUCUCCUCCACUGCGUCUCCUCCGCUGAUCUCCAGUCUCCUCCCGGCUGCUGUGUGUCAGCUGUAAGCCCCAGCUCUGUGUUGUGAGGAGAGCAGGGAGCGUUUAUUUCCCGUUUUCUGCUACUUUCCUCCUAAUCGGUGGUAGCCCAAUCAUGUGCAAGGUUGAGAGUAUGCAGCUUUUCAUUCCGACCAACCGCUUCACCGGCUGAUCUCUCUAGGUCCCGCCCCUCUGGCUGAAGGUGUGUUAAUUGGUGAUAUCAGCAACUGUGAUUGUGAUUGGUUGGAAUGGAAAAUCUGCAUACUCUUGCCUCUCCAUGGCACAUGAUUGGGCGCCACUGUUCUUAAUUAUUUAAAAUGGGUGUCUGAAAACUGAUGUGUCUCAUAUCUCCUGUGGAUGUUUGGACUCGUGCUGGAAGUUGGUGGUGCUGGAAAACGUAUAAUAUACAUGUAUAUGUGUAGUGUAGGAAUUUUACUGCCCCCCCCCCCCCCAAACCCCAAUAUUAAAUAACAGGGGAAAAAAAUAUUCAUAUAAUUACAAUCAUAUGUAAAUUUUAUUUCAUGAGUAAAAAAUAAUGGGAAUAUUUUUAACGGGUGCGAUUAAGACCCACCAGUGUAUAUUGCAGGGGUGGAGCUGCUGUACGUCUCCAAGCCCUUCAAAUAAACUAGUUUUGGUGACAUGUC